CCAGCUGGGACAGCCACCAUGGCCGACGAUCAAAGUAACAGGCCGCAUAGGAAGAUGAAGGAGAAGAAGCCGCAUUCUGGAGGUCCCAACCCGAAAGCUUUUGCCUUCGCGGCACCGGGAAAACUUCAGAAGCGGGCUGCGCGUUCUCACGAUGUCAAAGAAAAACGCCUGCACGUUCCCCUUGUCGACCGCCUCCCUGAAGAUGCACCCCCGAUCAUUGUCGGCGUCGUUGGUCCACCCGGCGUUGGUAAAACCACUUUGAUUAAGUCCCUCAUUCGAAGAUACACAAAGCAAACCCUCUCCGCACCCACCGGUCCUCUUACAGUCGUGACGUCUAAGCGACGGCGCCUGACGUUCAUAGAAUGCCCGGCCGAUUCGCUAGCGAGCAUGAUCGAUAUCGCAAAAGUAGUGGACAUCGUGCUGCUCAUGAUUGACGGGAACUAUGGCUUUGAAAUGGAGACUAUGGAGUUUCUCAACCUGCUGUCGGCGAGUGGUAUGCCAGGGAACGUUUUCGGUAUACUUACACAUUUGGAUUUGUUUAAAAAACAGGAGACUCUGAAGUUACAGAAGAAGAGGCUGAAACAUAGAUUUUGGAGCGAGCUUUUCCAGGGCGCGAAGCUCUUUUAUCUGUCUGGCGUGGUCAAUGGCCGAUACCCGGACAGGGAGGUUUUGAAUAUUUCCAGGUUCUUGUCUGUCAUGAAGAAUCCUAGGCCCUUAGUCUGGCGCAAUUCGCAUCCCUAUUGCCUCGCAGAUCGAUUCUUGGAUGUCACGCCGCCGACAGAAAUUGAACAGAACCCCAAGUGCGAUCGCACCAUAGCAUUGUACGGAUAUUUGCGGGGGACGAACUUCUCGGCUCAAAGGUCUCGAGUACACAUACCGGGUGUUGGUGAUCUUAGUGUUUCGAGUACGGAAGCCCUACCAGAUCCAUGUCCGACCCCCUACGUAGAACAAGCACUGGCAAAGGUUACCGGGAAAAAGAAACGAGCGAGGUUAGGCGAGAAACAGAAGAUUUUGUUUGGGCCCAUGUCAGAUGUAGGAGGCGUACUGGUUGACAAGGAUGCGGUAUAUAUUGAUGUCAAGACCUCAACUUUCAACCAAGACCAGGAUUCCGGCCAGGAGCGGGGUUUAGGCGAGCACCUCAUGGUAAGUCUGCAGGGUGGGAGGAGAUUACUGGGGGAGGCUGAUGCUGGUAUGCGACUAUUCAAUGGUGGCGAGCUUGUUGAUAAGACUAUUGCCGAAGACGAUGAAGAUUCCGGGAGAAAGUCACAUCGGCAAGCGAGAGUCGCAGGAGGGGAAGUAAUAGACGAUGCCGAACUGGAAGGGAUUAGCAGCGAUGACGAAGAGUUUGACCAAAACACGGCUAGCGAAGAAGACGGAGACGAUGAGGACGGGUAUCUGGAGACAAAUGGGGCGACGAAUGACAAACAUACUUUCAAACGGCGGAGAGGUUCAGAAGCUAAUGACGCAUCUGGGGAAGAUGUCGCGUUCGCAGACAGCGACUCUGAUCUUGGCUCCAUAUCAAGCCAAGAUCCAGAACCCGAAGAUCCCAACGAUGAAGAUCUCGAUUCUGACGAACAGGAUGAGGAUGAAGACGGAGAAGGCACUUUACGAUGGAAAUCUAAUCUUCGCGAAAAUGCUACGAAGAUUCUCGGUCAGAAGAGGCCAUAUAGGACCACCGAACUUGCCCGUAUGGUGUAUAAUCUUUCGCUAACACCGGCCGAAGUUAUUAGGAAAUGGCGAGGAGAGGAAGAUGAGGAGGAAGAGUUCGAUGAUGAUGAAAAUGACUUCUUCCAGAGGUCGAAAGCGCAGGAUGUUGCAAGUGACGAGGAUCGCUAUAUGUCCAAGUUUAACUAUGCCGCUUUGGAGGGAAAGUGGGGAAAUGAAGAGAACAUCAAGUUAUUGAAGAAGCGCUUUGUUGGUGGCCAUUUCAUGGAUAAAGACGUCGAGGACGACGAGGACGACAGCUUCGAGGGAUUUAGUAAGGAUGACGGGGAUGGUGAAUUCGAGGAUUUAGAGACGGGAGAGUCAUUCGGCCCAAAACAGCUGCACUCUCGGCCUGACGACACUAGGGCUCAAGAAGAAGAACGACUGCGAAAUGCUCGAAGGAAAGAGGAGCUCAAACUCAGCUUUGAGGAGGAGGAUAGAGAAGGCUUCGCGAAUAAUAAGGCCGGAGUAAGAAAGGAAACUGGGGAAGAGGAAGAGUUUGGCGAAGAUGACUGGUAUGACGCGCAAAAAGCGAUGAUCCAGAAGCAACUCAACAUCAAUCGCGCGGAAUUCGAUCAACUGGACGAGAUGUCACGAGCCCGGGUCGAAGGCCAUAAAGCAGGAACAUACGCUCGUAUCAUCCUCGAACAAGUGCCAUAUGAGUUCUCCGCAAACUUUAACCCACGAUAUCCCAUCCUGAUUGGUGGUCUCACGCCAACUGAAGAACGUUUCGGGUUCGUCCAAGUCCGCAUAAAGCGCCACCGCUGGCACAAGAAGAUACUGAAGUCGAGCGAUCCCCUUAUCUUCUCUCUCGGCUGGCGAAGAUUCCAAACUCUCCCUAUGUACAGCAUAUCGGACUCCCGCACUCGGAACAGAAUGCUGAAGUACACACCCGAGCACAUGCACUGCUUCGGCACCUUCUACGGCCCACUCAUCGCACCAAACACAGGCUUCUGCUGCGUGCAAUCUCUCUCUAACAAGACCCCCGGGUUCCGUAUUGCUGCGACCGGCGUCGUCCUCAACGUCGACGAAUCUACCGAAAUCGUAAAGAAACUCAAACUCACCGGCCACCCCUACAAGAUCUUCAAAAAUACGGCUUUCAUUAAAGAUAUGUUCCAAUCCACCCUUGAAAUCGCGAAAUUCGAGGGCGCCAGUAUCCGCACCGUUUCGGGGAUCCGAGGUCAGAUCAAACGCGCGUUGAGUAAACCCGAAGGGAAUUUCCGCGCGACGUUUGAGGAUAAGAUUUUGAUGAGCGAUAUCGUGUUUCUGAGGGCUUGGUAUGCGAUUAAACCGCGCCGAUUCUAUAAUCCAGUUACGAAUUUACUGGAGAAGCCAGGGGAGGGUGACGACAGUGAGUCUACGGGCUGGAAGGGCAUGAAAUUGACAGGUCAAGUGCGAUUUGAGCAAGGCAUCGCAACGCCAAAGGUGUCAAACUCGGCGUAUAGAAACAUUAAACGUGAAACGAGACAUUUUAAUCCGCUCCGGGUCCCACGCAAACUUGCUGCAGACUUGCCGUUUAAGUCGCAGGUUGCGGCGAUGAAACCACAAAAGAAGCAGACGUAUCUGCAGAAGCGCGCAGUAGUGGUUACUGGGAAGGAGGAGAAAAGGGCCAGGCAGUUGAUGAAUCAGGUCAUGGCGCUGAGAAAUGAGAAGGUAGAGAAGAGGAGGAAGAAGCAGGAGGAGAGGAAGGAGCCGUAUAAGAGGAAGGUAGAGGAGAACGAGGGGAAGAGGAGAGAGAGGGAGAAGAAGGAGAAGGAUGAGUUUUGGAGGAGGGAGGGGAAAAAGAGAAAAUUUCAGGGUGAGGGUGAGGGUGGGGAUGGGAGUGGUGGAGGGAGAGGGGGAAAGAGGAAGAAGUAG